AACGAGUCUCUUGCAGACAAGCUCUUCCGUGCUGGUCCGCCACCGGGCCGGCCAUGACGGAGCUACCGCAGCACUUGCAGCGCGUGCUGCUGGUGCGCCAUGGACACCGCUACUCCACGGGCUUCGAUCCACAACUCACCCGGAGAACCGCGGUGACGGAUGGAUCCCUGACGGAGGGGCUUCUUCCAAGCCGAGGGCCUCGCGGAGAUGUUUCGGGGCAGUGGCAUCGAGAUUGAUGCCAUCUUCUCCUCCCCCUUCAUCCGCUGCUUGCAGACGGUCACCCCCUUGGCCAAAGCCUUGGGCUUGAAGAUCCGUGUGGAUCGCGGCUUCUCAGAACUUCUGGCGCAUGACUGGAUUUUUUCGUCGAACCCUUUGCCACAUUUACACUACGAGCAGAUGAGGACGACCCAUGCGGAGCUCCCAGAAGUGCCUCAGCAGCUCAUCGACGUGGACUACGACUCCCCGCAGCCGCCCUACCCGGACUUCGUGGGCCCCGCCACGCCCGGCGAUGCCACGCAGCGCCAGCGGCCCACCGCCCGCGCCAAGGCCGCCCUGGCGCGCGCCGCCGUGGCGGGACGGCGGGAAAGGACGGUGCUGGUGAUGGGACAUGGCGCCUCACAUGACUAUGUCACUGAGGCCUUGAUUCCUGGCUCCUUGCGCUUGGACCAGCAGACGCCCUUCUGUGUGAACCAUGUAGCCAUUACCACGCUCUUGCGGCAGCCGGAUGGAACGUUCACGCUCUAUGGCUUCAAUGAGAGUGUGCCGCGUUUGCUGGCCAACGGCUGGCAGCGGACCUUCCGUUGGACGCCCAAGCGGCCUUUCGCGCAGCCCGCAGAGACCUGGAAAGUCAAUGAACUCCUGUGGACCUGCGGCUCUAGUCACCGUGCCGUGCGCGUGUUGACUCCCCACUGCCUUCAACUGGAUGCGGAGCUAUUUCUGCUGGACAGCUGCUCAGGGCACGUGCGGAUUCUGAGAGGAGAGACGCUGACAGAGGCGGAACCUUUGUAAAUGUAAAACAAGGUAGCGCGUGGAAGGGCAGGUUUGAUGCCUGGGGAAUGGCUGUGGUUUGACAUGGUUUUGAUGCUGUGGAAUUGCAGG